GCACCAUUGUUGUUCGCAGUGUAUCCGCGACUCUCGGCCGGUUGUGGUCACUGGUUGCUGACACCACCGUAACAAACUGCCGGUAAACAAAAUAAUGUGUAUACGUAACAACGUUCUUCGCGAGUGCAACAAUCGACGACAGUGUGUGAUAACGAGAAUGUAACGUGCCCGUGCGUGUUGUGAUUAACAAAGUGCGUUUUUUGGACGUGUUUUCUGGGAUCAACGCGUGGACAACGCAAUGCUUAGAUUACAUUCAAGGCGAAAUCAAACGGAAAACCUCAACCUAAUUAGCAUUUUAAGUUCAACCUGACAAAAGUUAUCUGUGAUCUCAUUUAGUUAGUUUUAGUUAUCAAAACAAUCGCCUAACACAUAGUUUAAGUGUACAAGAAUAUAGACACAAUUAAAAAAUAAAUAGCAAAUGUUGGUAUCCAUCCGGCGCGAAGGACCAUAUUGAGUUGAGAAAGUAAAAUGCUUGCUGAAAUUUAGUACUUGGUCAUGGAUGACAGAUAAUAUGUGUUGUUGAAGGAUGGGAUAAUGGAAGUUGGGGCGUUGGGGUCUUGAAAAUGCCGCAUGCGCACUCGAGUUCUGCGGCGAGCUCGGGCGGCGACGACCUGGGCUCCACUGACGAGGUCAAGGUAUUCAAGGACGAAGGAGACGGGGAAGACGAGAAGAGAAGUUCGGAGAACCUGUUAGAAGAGAAGUCAAGUCUUAUCGAUUGGACUGAGAGUGAGGAGAAAUCCGGCGAGCCGUAUUCCGGUAAACUAUCGGUGAAGUCGGAUCUGAGUCCCGUUUUUGGUAAAUUUGAACCGCAUCCAGCAGCGAGCUUCAACAUGGGCUAUCUGAUGGCUCCGUACCCCUACCCCAACGGUGGAGCGCAUCCACUUCCUGUCUCUAUGGCGAGCAAGAUGGGUUUACCAGCGGGUGGGGGACUCUCCCUUUUCUGCCCCGGCGGGGACCUGGGGCAGCCCCCGCCAGCGCACAUGGGCAUACCCCCGCCCUACCAGCUGGACUCCAAGUUAGCAGCGGGCCUCGCGCGGACCCCCAUGUACCCUUUUCCAGGGGGUACGUACCCCUACCCCAUGCUCAGUCCGGAAAUGUCGCAAGUGGCGGCGUCGUGGCACACUCCGAGCAUGUACCCCAUAACUUCGGCGGCCAGCGGUUUCCGGAGUCCGUACCCCACCACGUUGCCCAUCAGUAGUUCUAGUCUAUCGAGUGAAUUGUACCGGUUCUCCCCAACGCUGGGCGGCGGCCUGGGCCUGGGGCUUGGCCCAGCUCUGGUCGCGCCCCACCCCUCCAAGUCAGACCUGUUCACACACCAUUCGAGGUCACAGGAAAAAAGCAGCAGUAGCUCCGCUUCAGACAAACCCUCGGACAAUUCGGGGAGCAACAGCAAAGAGCAGAACAAGAAACCUCACAUCAAGAAGCCUUUGAACGCCUUCAUGUUGUAUAUGAAGGAGAUGAGGGCAAAGGUGGUCGCUGAAUGCACCUUGAAGGAAUCUGCAGCCAUUAACCAGAUAUUGGGAAGACGGUGGCAUUCCUUGAGUCGCGAGGAGCAAGCAAAGUACUAUGAGAAAGCCAGGCAGGAGAGACAACUCCAUAUGCAGCUGUAUCCCGGGUGGAGCGCGAGGGACAACUACGGUUACGGUUCCAAAAAGAAAAAGCGGAAAAAGGACCGCGGUCCCGCUGAGCUGGGAGGAAAUAAUUUGAAAAAAUGUCGAGCGAGGUAUGGACUUGAUCAACAAAAUCAAUGGUGUAAACCUUGCAGGCGGAAGAAGAAGUGCGUGCGCUACAUGGAAGCCCUGGCAGCAGCCACGGGGACCGUCCCCCUGCCGAUGGCGACGCCGCAGUCCCCCUGUUCUGAAGAGGAUGUCAAACUCGAGGAGCUGUCAGACGCGUCGAGUGACGAGGCUGACACUCCUCUCAACUCGGCCUCGAGUCCGGGAGGCCUCAGUGCACUCUCCUCCCUGGCCUCACCUGCGUCUGACCCCCCUCCGCCCCCCAGAAACCCAGUGGGGACGAACCCGAGAGACGCGAACAAUCCAUUAUCAGUCGGCCAACUAACGUCCCAGUCGUGGCCACGUGCGGCUCAAGCGCGGCCCGGACACGAAGUGAUAUCGGUGUCAUAGUGACGGUGGAACACGUCCGGCGCCCUUGAAGGCACGGACGCAACUGAACCCCAACCGACCUUGAGAAAAUUUAAAUUCAGAACUGGUGCCUCGUUACACUCCAUGACGAUUUUAACUUUUUCGGACAUUUUACCGCACGCAAUGGACGCUAAUGAAAUUAACAAAGUUGGAAUUGUAAUAGAGUCUAAUUUGAGUAAGUUUAGCUGUUUACUGAAUUACGUGAUUUGUAUUUAUUUCUCAAAAAGACUAUAUUAGACUAAUAAUUAAUUAAUAUAGAGAGUGAAUAACGGAACUUUUUUCAGUAAACGGUAAUACAGUGACAUCUGUUGUGAAACUUCGGAAUUAUUAAGCAACGCCAUCUAUUGCGCUGGUUUGGAAACGGGUCGUAUUUUUGUAGUUGUGAAAACAAGGUACCAUUGAAACUGUUUUUUACUGGUUUCACCAAUAGCUACAGAUGUUUUUUCGGGUGCUAAUAAAACACGGGUUUACGUGUGAUAUUUAGGGAAUACCCACAUUUUCUCAGCUUCCAUUUUAUUUUUUACUUUAUAAAAAGUCACACGGUUGAAUGCAAUAUAAAAUAGCAUGAAGUGAUUCUCUUUCAGUUAUUUUCGAAUGGCCUAAUGCAUUUUACGUAAUAAACAAAAUGUGUGGUAUUUCUUAAAAUCAUUGUGUUCUGUGAGAAUUAUAUUAUCUACAUUGACGUUUAAUAUAAGAUCCAUCAACUUUAUAAUAAGUCCCGAUUUUAAGUCAAUCAUUUGAUCUCAAAAUUGUGAGCCCACAUCAAGUCAUUAUUGUGCAUUUUAAUAUAAAACCACACUUUCUCUCUGUAUCCAUCCCAAAUUUAUUUCGUACUAGUCGCAUUUUUCUGUGCCAUCGUCCAUUCCAUUGAUUCCGAAAGUUUUUUUAGCUUACUUCCGUUUAGACACAGUUUGGGAAACGAUUUACAGUUAUCUGUAAGUAAUGAUUUUUAUUCUUGACCUCUUUAGUGAUUUUUUUUUAUGGAAUUGUCAUUAUAGUCGUUUUUUAAUAGGAAAUAAUUCCAAUAAUCGACUGCUUUUUAUCCUAAGGAAGUAUAAUUUAUGCUGAAAUUGCAAAUACACAAAUAUUAUUUUGUUCAUAUAAUUACACUUUUGACAAUGCACGGACAAAUUGUACACAGCUCAAAUCAGAGUGAUUUUCGCUUUUACUGCUCUCUUAAUACGGACGGUUUUUAUCCUAAUCUAUUUAAAUUUCUUGACGGCCAGAUAAAGGUUCCAUGUAGUUUUAAAAAUUGAUUUUAGUUUUUUAAUAUAUCCCUUCGCGGCACGCAUGUGUAUAAAUUAAGUGUUAAGGAGGUAUUGCGAAGGGAUCCUGUUUUUCCGUUGUGCGGAAUUUAUUAGACUGUCGUAGAUUAGAUUAGGCACAUUGUAUGAGUGAAGUUAAUAUACGAUGGUGUACCGACAGUGUUCUUGCAAAAAUAAUACUUAUUUAAGAGUUUAAAUCGAUGUUUACUCAAAGUCAUAAAGAAGUAAGCGGUUGUUAUAAGUAAUUUGUCUGUGUAUAUCCGACUAGUCUCAGGGCGUCUAUUUUAAAAAAUAUUAGUGCAGCACAAUCUUGAUGUAUCCAGAAUCAUUUUUCUUAACAACUAAAUACUCUUAACGCCAUAAUUGUAUAAAAAUAUUGUUCAUUGUAAAAAAAAAUUAACAUUAUAAAUAUGUAUCAAUUUUACUUCUUCCUUAAGUAGCAGGUUCGAUUCCUGUAUUUUACUUAGCAGUAGGUAUAUUUUUUUUGUUCUCGGAUACUUUUUGACACAAUUUCUAAAUGCAAAGUUUUUAAGUUAAAAGACACCUAGAAAAUCAAAACAGUAUUUUGUUGUUUUAAACUUCUAGAUGUCUGUAAAUUUCUAAUGACCUCUCAAGACUUCAAUUAUGACUUAUUUUCGUUGAUGAGUUUUACAGGCAAAAAUCAGAAAAUAGACCAAUCAGAAAUUUAGGAAUCAAGAUCUUUCAGCAAUCUGAUCGGUCGAAUUCUACAUAUACACACAAUUCCGUAUAGAAAGCGGUCCGUAUUCAUAAGUUCUUUGUGUUUAACCUCCAAACUUUAUGACUAAAGGGCAGGUUCGAAUCUAGUCGGAAGUACUAGCAAUUUAUCCUUAUAUAAUCCGUUUACUUAUAAAAAUAAAAUAUCAAUAACUACCCUCAUUUCUAAAAAGAACUUAGAUAGAACUAGCAUUUGAAACAUUUUAUAAUCCAAAUAGUAUUAUAUAAUAUCGGAUGCUGUCGGUACACUGUUUCCCUGUAUAUCUGUAAGUACACAGUGUAAAUGUAUAAAGUCUAGAAUAAUCUAACUGUGUCAUAUUAGACCUAAGUGUAUUAUUCUACUUACAUAUACAUAUAUACAUUAUUGAUAUGAAAAGAUGUUUAAAAAAAUAUUAGUUGAAUAAACUCAAAAAGUUAAUAUGUUAUAUAAAAUAGUGGGUUAUGAAACUGUGGCGUAUUAUAUAGGUUAUUUAACCUAGUUAUGUGCAGUUACAUAAAUACAACGCUGCUUUAUCUAAACUCAUACCUUAAAAUACUAAAAAACACUCAAUAAUAAAUAGAUAAUGUAAAAUGUGGAUCCAGUAGUCCAAAUUUUUUUAUUCAAAACCAGCUUGGUCAGUGCACAGUGUAUUUUAGUGGUAAGAUAUGAGUGAAGAUAAAUAUAAAUUUCGAUGUCAUACAAAACAUAUUUAGUUAUUGUUAAAAAAAAACUAAAUUUUUACCAAUAACCACACCCAGAGUAUAUAAAAACUCGUUUGUAAAUAAAUUUGUAAUUCGCGAAAUGGUUAGUAUACAUUUUUUUUGGUGAAAAAAAAUGAUUGCAUUUAUUAAUUAUUAUUAUUGAUGAAGAUUAGUACCCUCGGAAUGUUCUUGGAUGGUUCGUUUUGUCCAGCACUUCUUUUUGUUAUUUUAUUGUUAUUAUUAAGAAUUUUAACGUUGUUAAAUGCAAUAUCAACCAUGACUUUUAUAUAUAUAAUAAAAAAAUUGUGCUACGUGAUUGAAAUAUCUACAUAUAUUGAAUACAGUAAAAUUCAUAAAUAAUAAAACAAAAAAUCGAUUUAUUUUGUGACCAAAAAAAUACUGAGAUCGAUUAUUAUUUUACAAAUAUUUGACAGUUAUAAAAUUCAUCUAUCGACGGCUUGAUUUUGCAUGAACUUGUGCAAUACUGUAUAACUAUGGGUACUGUAGUUUUUUUAUUGAGUAAAUAUUAAUUAGAUUUUCCGUAAAAUUCGUUUUAAGGAUAUUUGAAUUAAAAAUUUAAUGAAAAGAAUUAUAUAUGGAAUUUGAUAUUAUGUGUUCUAAAAAUAGGAGAUGUUUUUAUUUUAUCUAUAACGGUCGAAUUGUCUGUACACUUAGUUCUGAGACUCCGACUUGCUUGUGAUUUUGAGAUAUAAAGUAAAUUUAAACUUUAAGGUAGAUUUGUCUAAACAAAAAACCAUCUUUUUUUAAUGGAAUGACGUUAUCCGCUUGCACAGAUAAUUGGACCGUUUUACAUAUUCGGUUAAAUUAUAUAUAUUUUCAAAAAUGCAUUACCGUGCUAAUAACCAUCUUAGAACUUAAAACAGAUUGCCAGGGUUAUUAAAGGACAAGUAAAACCUAUCUGCUAUAUAAAUAAUCUGUGCCAAAUUUUAAUGUAACACUGGUUUAUUUGAAUACCUCUGAAGGUCUUUUAUGUUGAUAGAUUUUAUAGGUUGUUUUUAUUGUUAAGAUGGUAAAGACAAAGUGGCUCUUGCGCAGAGCUAGGUUAUUUUUUUUUUUCGUAGGAGAAAAAUUGUCAAAUUAGAGAACUCAAUUAUUAGGUCAGGACCCAUUGUCUUGUGUUCAGUUGAACGAAUAUUAUUUUAAUAAACAGCAUAAAAUUGUA